CUGUCUGCUUCCAGAACGCGAGCCGAAAGAAAAAGCCCACCUGGAAGGGAGGGGCACUGCGCAGGGGCUCACGAUUGGGCCGUCGGACCUUCUCAAUGCUGCAGAGUGGUCCGGGCGCUUCCUAGUGCUUCCUGA